AUGUUCAUUCGAUCAGUCAUUCAGUUCUACUCAAAGCCGUCAUGGAUGCCUCGUCCGUACUCCUCCGGUAACACGGAAUUCAACAUCUCCGGCGAGGUCAUCAGCAUCCUAGCUAAGAAGAAACCGAUAGAGCCUGCUCUGGAGCCGCUUGUUCCAUUUCUCUCGCGGAAAAUCAUCACAUCGGUAAUCAAAGAUCAGGUCAAUCGGCAAUUGGGAUUCCGUUUCUUCAUAUGGGCAUCGAGAAGAGCGCGUCUCAGGAGCCGAGAGUCUUUCGGAUUGGUCCUCGACAUGCUCUCCGAAGAGAAUGGGUGCGAUCUGUACUGGCAGACAUUGGAGGAGCUCAAAUCCGGAGGCGUCUCUGUCGAUUCUUAUUGCUUCUGCGUUCUCUUAUCGGCUUAUGCUAAGAUGGGUAUGGCGGAGAAGGCGGUUGAAUCGUUUGGAAGGAUGAAGGAGUUCGAUUGCAGACCCGAUGUGUUCACGUACAACGUGAUAUUGCGAGUCAUGAUGCGAGAAGAGAUCUUCUUCAUGCUGGCCUUUGCUGUGUACAACGAGAUGCUCAAGUGUAAUUGUAUCCCAAAUCAAUACACAUUUUGUACUUUGAUGGAUGGAUUGUACAAGAAAGGGAGGAUGGGCGAUGCACAGAAGAUGUUCGACGAUAUGACUAGCAGAGGGAUUUCUCCAAACAGCGUUACGUAUACGAUUCUCAUUUCAGGCUUGUGCCAAAGGGGAAACGCUGAAGAUGCACUGAAGCUAUUCCACGAGAUGAAAUCGGACGGCCACACGCCUGAUUCCGUUGCACACAAUGCGUUGCUUGAUGGGUUUUGUAAAUUAGGUCGGAUGGUUGAGGCGUUUGAGCUGCUGCGGCUGUUUGAGAAGGAUGGUUUUGUGCUUGGUCUCCGAGGUUACAGCAGUUUAAUCGAUGGACUAUUCAAAGCUGGGAGAUUCAAUGAGGCAUUUGAGUUGUAUGCAGUGAUGCUGAAGAAGAAUAUCAAGCCUGACGCUGUUUUGUACUCGGUAUUGAUUACAGGGCUAUCCAAAGCCGGGAAGAUUGAGGAUGCAUUGAAGCUGUUAAGCAGCAUGCCUAGUAACGGCGUUAACCCAGAUACCCGCUGCUACAAUGCUGUUAUAAAGGCUCUCUGUGAGCAGGGACUUUUGGAAGAGGCUCGGUCACUCCGACUCCAGAUGUCAGAAACGGAGACUUUCCCUGAUGCGUUCACAGACACGAUCCUCAUUUGUGGUAUGUGCAGAAACGGGCUAGUUAGAGACGCCGAAGAGAUUUUCAAGGAGAUUGAGAAGAGAGGUUGUUCUCCUUCGGUUGCUACGUUUAAUGCUUUGAUCGAUGGGUUGUGCAAGUCCGGUGAGCUCAAGGAAGCGAGGUUGUUGCUGCAUAAGAUGGAAGUGGGGAGACCUGCUUCCUUGUUUCUCAGGCUUUCACACAGUGGAAACAAGAGUGUUAAUACCAUGGUGGAGUCCGGUUCGAUUCUCAAGGCGUACAAGGAUCUCGCGCAGCUUGCUGAUAGCGAUAGCUCUCCAGACAUCAAAACGUACAAUGUUCUGAUAAACGGGUUCUGCAGAGAAGGAGAUAUUGACGGUGCUCUCAAGCUGCUCAAGGUGCUUCAGCUUAAAGGUUUAUCACCUGACAGCGUCACUUACAACACUCUCAUCAACGGACUUCAUAGGGUCGGCAGAGAAGAGGAAGCUUUUAAGCUCUUUUACGCGAAAGAUGACUUCAGGCACAGUCCCGCGGUUUACAGAUCGCUCAUGAAGUGGACAUUCCGGAGAAGAAAGAUUGCGUUUGCUUUUAGUCUAUGGAUGAAGUACCUGAAGAAGAUGUCUCGUCUAGACGACGAAGCAGUUAAUGAGAUUGAACAAUAUUUCAAGGAUGGGGAAACCGAGAGAGCUCUUAGACGGAUACUUGAAGUGGAUACCAAGAAAGACGAGUUAGGUUUUGGACCUUACACAAUAUGGCUGAUUGGGUUAUGCCAAUCCGGUAGGUUUCAGGAGGCCUUGAUGGUGUUUUCGGUUUUAAGGGAGAAGGAGAUCCUUGUCACACCUCCGAGUUGUGUCAAACUGAUUCAUGGGCUCUGCAAAAGAGAACAGCUUGAUGCAGCGAUAGAUGUGUUCUCGUACGCUCUAGAUAACAAGUUCAAGCUGAUGUCUAGAGUCUGCAACAACCUCUUAAGAUCUCUAAUGGAAUCAAGAGACAAUAUGGAGGUUGCUUCUCAGCUUGUAAACAGAAUGGAGCUUGCAGGGUACGAUGUUGACUCGAUGCUUCGGUUCAGUCUUUUGAAACGUCUUAGACGUAGAAAGAUCAGGUCUUGA